UCUCGUAAUCGGGCCAAGAGAAUCACUCUUCCUCAGUGCUAAACACUACUCAUAUUGCUAAUAGUUAAGAACUUAAGAUCAUAAACAACAAAAUUGUAAGAUAAAUCAGACCAUGAAACUUGGAGAUCAAUUAGCAUCUGGGAAAUGGGGUGCCCCAAGUGUUGGCGACCUUGGCAAAUCUGAAUUGUAGGAGUGACAUUCGAAAAAGUGAAUUUGACUCAUGGGAAGCUUAUGUUGCAAGAAAAUUAGGUUUUGGAAUGUUUAACUGUUCGGGCACCAGAAUAUUUUUCCUAUUAUUAGGCACGAAACCGAUUCCAAAUUUUUCUUGCCAAGAUCUUCUUUCCUAACAAGCUCAGGGGUACGCUUCUUACCAAAAAAUGGCAGCACGUACUUGUGCUAAGAUGUAAUAUCACCGGCCCAAAUAUACUUGCUUAAUUCUUUGCUACAUUCCUUUUCCUUAUAGUAAUGAAAACCUCACUUCUUUGUGGAACAAGGAAAAUCUAUGUGCCUAUUUAUGAGCAAAAAAUCCGAACUUGUCUUAUCUGUCUGUCUUUUGGGAGUGAGAGAGUGCUUUAGGUUUAUCCGGGGUUCGAAUUUGUGAUUGUUCUAAGCAUUCUUGUGUAGAAUUUCCUUGUCUUCUUUGGUGGUGAGUGUUUAAGUUCAAACGCCAAACCAUUGUUUUCUGUGAAAUUGCAUAAUUUCUAAGCUUUCCUAAAAACUCAUAUCGCGGGAUUCUUGGCAACAACAUUGAGCAGUAGAAUCAUGUCUAUGCAUAGGCCUCUGUAUGCCAUUGUUGGAGGAGGAAUAGGUAACCUACAUUAGCCUCCCUAGCUUGUUGUUUUUACCAUAUAUGUAUGCUCUUCCCUAAUUUACUUUUAAAUUGACUCUGCGUUUGGUCUUGCAGUGGCUGACAUACUGCUAUGGAAGGAUAAGAAAUCAGCUGCUGCAAUCUUAUUAGGGUUCACCGCAUUAUGGUUUUUUCUACAAGUACUAGAAUACCAUUUUGUAUCUCUUCUUUGUGACACCCUCAUGCUGUUCAUGGCUGUUGGAGUCCUCUGGUGCAAAUUCGCGGGACGAAUAUUCAAUCGGAUGCCGUUGGAGAUCAACAUUCAACUGCCACAAUCUACUUGCAUAUACAUCUUUGGAACAGUUAACUGGUUCCUACUGAAGUUCUGUGAAAUUACAUCCGGAAAAAAUUUCAAACUCUUCUUUGUGGCAAUGGCUGGUCUAUACAUGUUGUCAUCUAUAGGAACUUAUAUCAGCUCAUUGAACCUAUUAUAUACAAUCAUUCUCUCGGUAGGAACAUUGCCAGCUUUGUAUGCGCGAUAUGAAACUCAGGUGGAUGCAACCGCGGCCAGAUGCAUUGGACUUGUGAAGAAUUUAUGCAAAUUGUUUCAGGUCAAAGUUCUUGACAAGAUACCGAGGCACAGGAAACUAAACUAGAUAAAUAAUUCAUCGAAUCAAUUGU